AUGCAGCUAGCGUUGAUAUAUCUCCCGUGUCUAUUCACACUCGCUGAGACUGUGCUCGAAGAAUGGCCACUAGAACGAAGGAGCUACGAGGAAAGCCCAGCCCAAGCAGCUGCUGACAUUCCCAUCUCGGACUAUCGCAAACGAGCAAGUUCUGAAGCCCUAUUCACUCGAGAACGGCGCGUGCGGUUGUGCGGCAAGAAAAUCAUAGAACAAUUGCUGCUGAUCUGCGAUUCUUGUAUACUUCCAGCUGGGUCUGAGAUCGUCAAACGUUCUGAUCAAAACAGCGUUCGUCAAGCUACGAGACGGCUCAUGAAACGGGAAUUAUCCAUCGCCACGAAAUGUUGCGUUGAUGGGUGCAGCUUGUCAGAACUGGAGCAACUGUGCUGCAAAAGCGGAUAGGGGCCCGGGCAACAGCAUUUGCAUGGCCCUGGGAACCUGGAAUGCGCUCCUGUAUUGCAUUCGAGUCCAUGCAAUUCUUCUUCGUAGACUAGGCUGUCGUUAGCUUAGGAUUCGUGCGUGGCUUUCCCAUGCACUUAUUUUUGUUUGAGCUAGAUAUCAGCCUGCAGCGCAGAAGCCUUGAUCCAAUUUCUGACGCUUUCGAACAGUUCUUUCCUUAGUUUUUACGAGCCGCGAUUGUGACAUAAACCUGCUCUACUUCUUCUUCUUCUCUUACCUUCCUAGGAAUAAGAAUGAGGUUGAUAGUUUCGGUGAAUUAGCUUACGGGUAUUGCUUAGUUGUUAGCAGUGAACAUUGUCGUCUUGCAAGAUCCUUGACGAUUACGUACUUUGUUUCUUCCACUUCUAGGCAUCACGGGAAUAUUCUAGUCCUUUCGUAUAGUGUUGUAUAAAGUGAAGGAAGGCCUCUUUCUCUUUCUGCUGGCACCACCACUAACUAAGGCU